UCUAGCACUGCCUUCCUUCACGGCCAGAAUGGAUUGUUUUGUCAACGAUUCCUCAAUGCAUCCUCUGCAAUCUUGUUCUUUCUGCCACCCCCCACCUUUAGCAGCUCACGAUGGCAGGGAACCGAAAGCGAAAGCAGCCAUCUCCUAAUCUACAUGAAAUCAUUGCAGCUAAACGAGAGGAGAAAGAAGCAGCUCGCCCGAACUGGUUUUAUAUCGCCCGUUCGGCCCAUCCUCAAACAUCUGCAUAUGGCCUGAGACUCUUCAAGCAGCAGGAGAAGCUUGAGAAGCAAUCCGAAACACAGACUACUGACGAGGGGAAAUGGGCGGCGAUCGAGCAACAACUACGUGGCGAGCUGCCCGAAGAAUUGAAGGCACUGGAUGCUCUGCAGCAACAUGUCAACACAUUCACCGCGUGCAACCCGACCAUCAUUGAGAAAUUGUUCGCUGGACUGGAAACCGAAGAAGAACGACUUGCUGUUAUCCUUCCGCAUAUCAAGUUUCCAGAACCUCAGACAGAGGGCACCUCAGGUCUCCAUGGCGAAGACGGAAACGACGAAAGCGAGGACAGCGUAGAGAUGUUAUAUCAGAAUCUCACUGCUGCCGAAGUAGAGGACGCCAAGCGGAAGAAGAAUGCCGAGAAACGACGUCGCUAUCAGGAGAACCUGAAGAAGCGCAGAGGCGAUCCUGAGCUUCAGCGAGCUGCUGAGGAGGCAAGACAUGUGAAUGAGCACAAUGCUGAGAUGAGACGCCGAAGACACGAACAAGGUGAAGCCGAGGACACUGGAGACGAUGAAGUUAUUCUUGACGAGUAGGUCGUUGAAAGGGCAGCGUAGACGACCUACUUAGUAAGACACAGAAUGUCAGUCUGCAAGUCCUGGGGAGGAAUCAGAUCCGAUGAUGACGGAAGAUCAAUCAGUUUGUCAGCAUAGGUGCCGCCUUUGGCUCGUAACAUGGUCGGCUAGGUCUACAGCAAGCGUCUGUAGCGGUGU